CUCCACCUUCCAGGACGCCAGCAGUUUCCUAGCGAGGCUGGUUGAGUUGAAUAGUAUAAAACAGAAAAGACUGGAGAACAACAGGGCGAGUGCCUCGCGCAAGAAGAAGUGACAAACGAAGGAACACGUAAGUGACGACAAUGGCGGCUCGCGAGGAAGUUUCAGAGCAAAACGGCAACCUCCAGAGCACGAGCACGAGCACGAGCCCGAGGACGAGAGGCCCCGCCCCGUUCUUGCUCAAGACCUUCGAUCUUCUCGACGAAGCCGGGGAAGAUGAUCUCAGCGGUGAGGAAGAGGAAGAAGAAGGUGAUGGUGAUGGCGAGGCCAUGUUGAAGAAGGAGAAGAAGAAGGAGAAGAAGAUGAUAUCGUGGAACAGAGAAGGGAGUGGGUUUGUAGUGUGGUGCCCUGCGGAGUUCUCGGAGCACAUGUUGCCCAAGUACUUCAAGCACAACAACUUCUCCAGUUUCAUUCGCCAACUCAAUACCUACGGAUUCAAGAAGACAUCAUCCAAGAGAUGGGAGUUCAAGCAUGACAAGUUCCAAAGGGGGUGCAGGCACAAGCUCACGGAGAUUAUCCGCAAGAAGUGCGAGCCGAGCGUGUUCCCUUCAUUCUUGAGACCUUCCAAAGACCACCACAAGUACAACAACAGCAGCAGCAACAGCAACAGCAAUGCACAGAUCAGUGCGAGCUUGUCAGAGGAAGGUGGUCGUGUCCAAUUGAUGGAGGAGAACAAGAACUUGAGGAGGGAGAAGAUGGAGUUGGAGACCCAGAUAGAGCAGUUCAAAGCCCUAGAGAUGAAGCUGCUGGAUUGCCUUGGCCAGUACAUGGGCAACAACCACCACCACCAUGAGCAGAUAAUGUCGCACAAGAGCAAUUUUAGGGGAUAUGGUGAAGAAUAGUAGUUGCAGAUUGAAGAGAUUAAGGAUGUGGGGUUCUGUUGAUUUUCGUCCUUUGCAUUGAGAGAUCAAAACCCAAUAAAGGGUGUCGCAAUCUUAUCAAGAAAUUAUCCUAUGACUUCUCGAAGCAUAUAAGGACAAUCUUCUCGAGAAUUCAUGAACUUGAACUUUUGGUGGGCUCUUCCCCCUUGGCAAGGGUCCCUCCAUGUGAAGAUCGGGUUGGUCAACAUAAA